GUUUGAGGUCGUCACUGCUGAAUCUCUGGAGGAGAAGCAGAAGUGAACGAUGCCGAAGAGGACGACGCACACGUACUCGAGCGAGGACGCAUUACCGGAUGGUCCGGACUCUGAUCUCUUCGUCUAUUAUUGCAAGCACUGCGGAUCCCAUGUCCUCAUCACCGAUACCCAAUUGCAGAAAAUGCCAAAAAGAAAAACUGACAGAGCAUACGUAUUGGACAAAAAGAAGCAUCUUGCAAGGCUUAACAUAAAUGAGGCUGGAAAAGUUCUAUUAAAACGCGGUGAAGGGAAAUUAGAGAAGCAAUUCCGCAUGAACUGUAUGGGUUGUGGGCUGUUUGUUUGCUACCGCCCAGAAGAAGAUUUUGAAUCUGCAUCUUUCAUUUAUGUUGUUGAUGGUGCUCUUAGUACAAUUGCUGCUGAAACAAAUCCCCAGGAUGCUCCUGUGCCUCCCUGCAUAUCACAGUUAGAAGGUGGGCUUGUCCAAGUUGCAAUUGAAGUGGAAGACCGUGCACAACGAUCUGCAAUCACUAGAGUAAAUGCUGAUGAUGUUCGAGUGACUGUAGCUGCACCUGCAGCCCGUGGGGAAGCCAACAAUGAACUUCUGGAAUUCAUGGGAAAAGUGUGCUUCAUAAUUUUCUCUCUUGUGGCUAUCAGCUCCAGCUCAAUUUUAUUUAUCUCAUUUAAGCUGUCAAGCUGAGCCCAUAGAAUUUGCUUUUGAAUUAGGUGUUGGGUCUGAAACUCAGCCAGAUGACUCUUCAAAGAGGGUGGAAUAACAAAUCAAAGCUCCUUGUGGUGGAGGAUUUGACUGCUAGGCAGGUAUAUGAGAAACUUCUAGAAGCUGUACAACCUUGAGACUUCUCGAUGUCCUGAAGUAUUUUAUGUUCAUUUUCUCGUAAGUUUCCCAUAUUAAGCCACAAACUAAACGAUUGAUUUCGUAUUGGUUCAAGUCUGAUUUUGAAUCCGUGUGGAAGUUGUAAGGAUGCCAGUUUUGCAAUUGUGUGCCUGCAGGCGUAGUGAUUUUUUAUAAUGAAUUUGGGUUUGAAGAUGAUUGUGCAUGAAAUGGUAUCUGCCUAAUUGCC